AUGGAUGCACAAAAUCCACAACCAUUUGAGAUCAUAGAGGCUCAUUACCCAGGUAGCAAGGAGACUCACAAUCCAAGUUUUCCUCCUGGAAAGUGGUGUUGUGUCCUUUCUUCCCUUCUCUUAAGCAUAGCAGUAUUAACUGCAGCAAUUCUAGUCAUAGUAUUCGUCCUAAAACCAAAGAAGCCGAUCUUCCAUCUGCAUGCCAUACAAUUGGGUUCUUUCAAGCUGGAUGCAACCUCUAGCAAGGAAGGAAAUGACUCUUCUUCGGUGCUUUCCUUGCUGUUUGUUACUCAAAACCCCAACAAGUUUGGAAUCAGAUACAGUUCCUCAGUGCUUGGGAUUUUCUUUGAAAGCAAUCCAAUAGGCAUUAUCGAGGUUCCAACAUUUUAUCAGCCAUCUCAUAGCAGGAAUGAGACUGUUCUGAUGCAUGUCUUGUUCAAACAACUUAACAUCAGCAGAUUUAUCGGUGGGGAAUUAAUGAACACUUCUUCAGAUGGUUAUCAUAUUGAGAUCAGAGUAACUGGAGGAAUCGUAGCUCAGCCACAUGUCUUGAACUUUUCAUUGCCAAAGAUUAAGCUUUCCCUUGAUUGCAGAAUAAGCAUGAACUAUGGUACUUUUGCCUUAAGCAGAGGACUUAGUUCUUUAAAGUCGGACAAGGUUCUCUUCAUUUCAAACUUCCCUCACCUCUCUCAGAAGUGUUCCUUAGCUCUUUGUAUAUAA